AAUAAUAUAACCUAAGAAUAAGACACACAAACAUAACCUUUGCGUCCACUAUAAAGAAAUUUCGUUUAAUUUAUAUUUAAAAAAUAAAUAAGACAAAACAUUUCUUGGGGAGAACAUUUUAACAAAUUAUUCUAAUGAGGCGAAGAUUGAUUUGCAUUUUGUGUUUAUAACGAUAUGGAAGUUUUGAAUCAGGUUCUAACAGCUACUUAACAAAUUAAAAAAACAAUGGAUCAUGAAAAGAUUACAUAUUACAACGAGAUAUCGCUUAUGAUGUUUGGGUUUGGGGAUAGUCAUAAACCUAACCCGGAAACAGUUAGGCUGGUAGAAACUAUAGUACUAAGUCAGUUAAAGCGAAUUGUUCAAGAAGCCCUUAAAUACUCUGAGGGAACCAAUCUAAAGGGAGAAGAGUUAGUUUUUCUAAUGAGAAAGAACAAGUGGAAAAUGCGACGGUUCGUAAAAUAUUUACAAAAUUCUAUAAUUAAAAAUAAAUUAGAUAAACUAGAUAAAUUAAUUACUUUUGAAGAAGAGCAGUCAAAGAAAUCUAAAAAUAAUCUCUUAGAGUUUAUUGAGAAAUUAGAUGAAACAGGCGAAUUGACUGACUUGUCUGAGUUUGAUGAAAUAAAGUAUGAGCGUCAAUUGAGAGCAGACAGAAUAUCAGAGGCAUUGGAUGAAAAAAAAUACAUGGAAUUUUAUAAAGCUCGCUGUGCAUCAUUUAACAGUCGUGGGUUUUCUCACGCGCGCAAUUCUGAAAAAUUACGUCUGUGGAUAGAUCCAAAAAAAGAGAUUACCUUUAGUUAUAAUGCACUGGAUGUCCUGGCUUACUAUGCAUAUGAAACUGUUGCCCAAAUAACAGAUUAUGCAUUGCUUGUGAGAAUGGACAUGCGAGCAACUGGUGAUCCUCUGAAGCCCCUUUCUGGUGCUCAUUAUACAGCUGCAAUGUUUAAUGGUGAACAUAGAUUCACUGGAGCCAACCCUGAUUAUAGCCGAGUGUAUACUGGGCAGCCACCUAUAAGUGUAAAUGAAAUCAAAGAAGUUAUGAGACGGGUCAAUUCUCCGCAAGCAGGAAGGCUAUAUUUUGGAAGGAAAUUGCCUGAAAGCCAAUUUUUCUUUGCCAUAUAACUUGCUAUUACAUUUUUUAAGAUUAAUAUAUAAUUAGAAAAUAUUCAUAUAUGUCAAGGACAAUUUAAUUUCUUUAUAAUUGCACCAAUAAAUUUUUUAUAUGCUCUUAUAUUAUGUCAACAGAAUUACUUGGCAAAAAUAUACUUAUACAUUUAAAGAAUAUUUUUAGUAUUCGUAAAAUUUUCACUAAAACAAAAUAUAACAACAUCAUGCUUAUUCAUUCUUUUUUUUUUUAAGAAAAUAUAACGUUUUGCUUUUCAUCAGAAUUAGGUACAUAAAUCAUGAGCAAAUCAAAUGUCCUUAAUGGUUUGAUUAAUUUUUCAAAAGCUAAAAAGUUUAAUAUUGGUACAGGCAAUAUUUCUGAUAAAAUUUUAAUGUAAUACUUAAAUCACUGAUUAUGAAUAAAGCGACUAUUUUUUACAGCUUA